AAUUCCAAGCCGUUUGUAAUAGGAAGUGGUGACAAGGUACCUUCCCUGCUCAGAGAGAGAGAGAGAGGAGCCUCAGAACAGACAGGGGGGGAAAUCUUGGGUGUGCAGGUGUGCAGCUGAAUGGCUGAGUGCAUUAUAGAUGGAAAGCAAAGGACCAUACAGAAUAUAUGACCCGGGGGGUAGUGAACCAAACCCUUCCAUUAACAAGGGAGCACAGUUUUUGAUGAAGGACAACCCAGCACUGAGGGAAAGCAUGGAAGGAAUCAGAAGCUUAGGGGGACUUCUGGAAGAGGCAGAAAAUGAAGUUCUCAGGCUCCGUAAGAAGGCAGAAGCUCUGGUAAAAGAUAAUAAGAAUUUACAGCCCUCUGCUUCCUUGGAUUCCCAGCCAUCUUUUCUUGAGGAAACCGUCCUUCCUAGAGAGCUGGGAGCAGGGAGUGAACAAACGGAAGGGUUAGAAAGUUCCAAAAUGACUGAUUUAGGUUCAGAUGUUCAUACAAAAGGCAACCAAAAAACCCCUCCUAGUGGAAGCUCUUCAGAGUUUGAGAUCCUGAAUGCAUAUGAAACAAGAAAGACUCCAGAAAGUAGAAAGUUGGAUCCAGGGCCCACCCUGCCACAGGAGGAUGAUACUGUGCAACUCCACUUGCAACGCAUGGAGACCUCUCUCAAUAUGUUUGCAGAAGAGCCCGAUCAGAACAGGCUUCUUGUUCACAUUAGCCGCCUGGCUCUUGACUUCAGCCGACUGGCAAACAAAGUUCAUAGGAAUGAGCAGAAGACAUCUGUUCUGCAGACUCUGUGUGAGCAGCUUAGGAAGGAGAAUGAAGAGCUAAGAUCCAAACUGGAAGCCGACUGGAACCAGAGGACGCAGGCCGAGCAAGCCCACAGGUAUGAGAACCUGGAACUGAAGAAACUUAUCCUACAAAGUGAUCGAGGGGGCGGGACAGGAUUUCACCCCGGAGGUGGAGUAGAAACUCGAGCACCAGAAGAUGCGGCCAAGUUAGAGAACUCCGGAAUCCAACAGGUAGCAAAGCUGACAGAGAAGCCAGCAGUGAAAGAUGUGUCCCUGCUGAAAAAGGUGAAAAUACUGGAACACCAGAGGACAGAGCUUCUGGAAGUGAACAAACAAUGGGAUCAACAGUUCCGCUCUAUGAAAAUGCAAUAUGAAGAGAAGAUCACAUCUCUGAGGCAGAAGCUCUCGCAAGCAGUGAAGGCUGAAAGUGAGCAAGAAGUGCAAAGGGAUCAGAAGCAGAGGGAUUUUGACCGAAAACUUCUGUUAGCUAGAGACAAAAUUGAGGAAAAAGAGUCACAGAUUCAGAAACUGGAAUCUGAGCUACAGGAACUAAAACAGAAGAACAAAUUUCUGCAUGAGAAACUGAGCUCCACCAGCAAGCAAAGGGAAUACCAGGAACGAGAGAUUACCCGACUAAACAAGGCUCUGAAAGAAGCACUCAAUAUGCCUGGGCCUUGUUCUCCCUCCUUACUCUCAUCCCUCGAGGACUCGGGACUCCCCCAGCGGGAGGAACUUCAGAUGCAGAAUGAUGUCCUUAAGCAACAGGUGAAGAUCUUUGAAGAAGACUUCCAGAAGGAAAGGAGAGACCGGGAGAGAAUGAACGAGGAUAAAGAAGAGCUAAAGAGACAGCUGGAACUGCUACACACUCAAUUGGGGCAGAUCAAUGCGCAGCUGCACUCUUGCCAGGAAGAUUUGUGCAGAGAAAGGGAAAGGGAAACUGCUCGUGACGCUGUAAGGCAACAGGCUUUAGGGGAGAGGUAUAUAGCAGAUCCCCACAUGGGCCGUGUCUGUCCCCCAUACCAGUAUCCAUACAACCCACCUGGCCUGGUCUAUCCAGCGUUUGAAGACUGGCAAAUCCAUUACCCCCCUCCAGUGGUUCAUCCGGAACACUCUCAAAUACAGGAUGUGCCCAAUGUUCCUCCCCCUGCAUACCCAUGGAGAAUGGCCACCGUCCUUCCUAGAAUGCAGUACUCCAAAACUAAGAAGGAACAAGAUGUUUCUGGCAGUGGCACACAGAACGCACCAAGACAGACAUGAAGCGCUGCAGACGGGAUGUCCUAUGCUGUCGAUUUUUUGUUGUCAUCGUGACACCUAUAAUUCUGUGUUAUUACAUCUACCCUUAUGUGCUUCUGCUUGGGCUUGAACCCACAAGUGGUUUUCUUGUAAGGAAAUUCAAAUGCACCUUGGAGCUAAUGAAAAAUUGGUUUUAUGGUUAGUUGUUGUGGAUAGAGGAGGGUACCAGAUCCAGAUGAAGAAGAAAGACAGUAUGGAUCCUUUAGGAGCUAUGGUUAAUAAGUAUUGGGUGACUAGAGGUUAAUUUUUUUUUCAUACAAUACAGAGAUCAUAUGAGGUGGUUUGCUCCAAGACUCUGCAGUUGUUAGUUAUAUUAUAGAAUGUGAAUCUUGGUAUGUUAUUAUAUUCUGGUCCUAUAGACGCUAGGUCAACACUACACCUAGAGAUCAUAAACAGAAGUGCCAUUCUACAUUGCUGUGUUUAUUGAAUGCCCUAGAUAAGACAAGCAAUGUAAUGGCUCUGUAGAACGAAAAGCAAUAUUAACAGCUGGGCCAAGUUAGGAGGGCAUCCAAGGCAAGCAGCUCUGAUCAAACAGAAGAAGUACAUGCCUAGUGUCCAUCACCACCACCUUUGCUUCCUGGGCAACCCCUAGUUCCGAACCUGAUUUUUUGAACCUAUAAAGCUCCAUGCCCCUUAAAUUGUAUUAUACUUUUAAUGUGAAAAAAUUAAAUAUAAACUCUAUUUAUAAAUAUAUGAUUAGCCCUUUUAAUAAUUAAAACUUUUUUUUUAAUUAACUGUAAUUUUCAGGUUGGAUGAAUGUUGAUGGUAAAAAAAAGGAAAUUAUUUCUGAUAUUUGAUCUUAUAGAAUUACCAUGUGAGCUGGAAGAAAAAAUUGGCCAGGGAAACGAUUCACUGUCUCCAUUAACAUGGCCUCCUGCCCACUUCUGUUUCUUGAAUGUAAUAUAAGUGUCUGCUUAUGUUUUCCAAGGCCAAAUGACCACUGAGUGGCAGUAAAUACGGCUGGGUGAUCAAGGGUCAUAGUAGCUGUAUGCCAGAGAAUGGGGGAGCUAUCUGUGGAUAAUGGGAUGUGUAAGUCAAGAGCAGCAGACAGUCGUGGAUUUGUGGCACAGCCAGAAAGGCUGUAGAUCUCUGGUGCAGCUCUGGUUUUAUUUAGGUAAAGGGCUACAGGACACAUGCAGGGGUUGAUAAAUGAAAGAUUUGGGCACUUAGCCUCAGCACUUCUAGUGUGCGUGCACAUGUGUGAGGAACGAGAUUGCAGUCUGGCCCAGGGGCACACUGAUUUGAAAUCUGGUGCUGGCAGCAGAAUAUCCAAUUAGAAAGCACUCGUUUUGCUGUUUUCACUUCAAUACUGGUGAAGCAAAUGACAGACAUUGGCAAACCUCAUAUAACAGUCUAUGGGGUAUAUUUAUCAAAGAACAAGGCAUAUUUAUCAAAGUGAAAGGUAUAUUCAUCAAAGGAUGAAUUUUCACCCUUUGAUAAAAACUCUUUUAAAAAUCCCAUAGAAAUGAAUGGAGAGUGGCGAAAUAUCACUCUAGUGAACUGUGGCGAUCCAUAACGUCAUUCAUUGAUAAAUAUACCCCAAUCUGUAUUUCCAUGGAAUUAUGGGUUUGAAUAUGUGGGUCUAAGAGCGAAAGAGACUUUUUUUUCAUUUGCUGUGCUACUGAGCCUGUAUAUCUGUUGAAAAGGAACAGAACUUCAGCGCCAGUUGUGUUUUGUUCCUGCUGUAUUGCGCUUGAUAUAGUCAAUACCUAUACGGACAGAUGUUGUUCCUUCUGCAGCUAGGCCUCUAGAAUACAAUUUAUGCCUGUUGGCCAUGCCCUCAGUUAUACUAGAGCAGUGAUCCCCAACCAGUGGCUCGCGAGCAACAUGUUGCUCACCAACCAUUGGAUGUUGCUUCCAGAGGCCUAAAAGUAUGUGCUUAUUUUUGAGUUUUGAGCUUGAGGCAAGCUUUAGUUACAUAUAAACCAAAUGUACUGCCAAACAGAAUCUCCUGUAGACUGCCAGUCCACAUAGGAGCUGCCAGUUGCCAAUGACAGCCCUUAUCUCCAUUUUUUUUAUAUUUGAAUGUGACUCAUGGGUAAAAAAAGGUUGGGGCCCUCUGCUCUAGACCAUGCAUCCUACUCUGAGAAGAAGUGUUUGGAAGGAGAGAAUUGUGAACAGGCAACAAGUAAAAAAUAGGUGAGAGCUGUCAGAAGAACAAACUAGAAAACCAUGCAAGAGGGAAAUGAUUCACCUCUUACUAUUUCCAUGAGACUAUAAAUGUAUGGUGGUCCUUAAAAUAGACAGAGUGUAUAUAAGUUAUAUAACUGGAGAGAGGUUUGGGAAAUCAGUACUAUAUACUGUACUAUACAGUUAAUCUCUGUAUAGUACAGUAGCAUCCAAGCAGCUGUCUUGUCAACUAAAUUCUCCUUUUUCAUGUUUUAUUUUGUUGUUCCUUUUUAGCUACGGUAUGUAUAUUCUUUGAUGCUAUUUAAAUGUUGAAUAUUUUACUUUAAAUGAAAGCGUUUCAUUCUUUACCAUUCCCCUACUUAGAAAUAAAACUCAGCUUGCAGUCAGCCAUGUUUACAAUGACAGAUACCUGUAUGUUUUCUUUAAAGUGGACCUGUCACCCAGACAUAAAAAGCUGUAUAAUAAAAGUCCUUUUCAAAUCAAA